AUGUCCUUCUUUGCAGGUCUUUCGAAGAACAAUCAGAAAUGCAUUAAGACAGAUACACCAUUCAACUUAUCUUUAAGCGAUUGCCUUGCAUGUAGUGGAUGUGUGACCACAGAUGAGGCUGGCGCACUCUCUGCUGAUAUUUCCUUUGUCCGAGAUUCUGCCCCGCAAACAUCUUUUGUUCUUUCUCCUCAAUCGAAAGUAAACAUCUUUAACAUCUACGGAAAGGGAAAUAUGAGCUACAGAGAAUUUGAAGGUGCUCUCUCCUCGUUCCUCAGAGCUAAGCUCAAUGUACGCAGGAUAGUUGACACUUCUAGCAUGAGAAGAAAAAUCUACAAAGAGAUCUACAAGGAGUAUCUGGCAACAGACCAUCUGGUGAUCAGCGCAUGUCCGGGUGUUGUUGCCUAUGUUGAGAGAACUGCUCCCCACCUCAUAGACUAUCUGUCGAGAGUUAAGUCUCCCCAACAGAUGGCCUUCUCCCUUGUGAAAGGAGACAGAACAGUAAGUGUGAUGCCUUGCCAAGACAAGAAACUGGAAAGUGGAAGAGAUGGAGUUAAGUUUGAUCAUGUCCUUACCACAAGAGAAUUCCGGAGGGUUCUUGACGAGCUUGAGUUUGAACUGUUUCUCAAAGCCAAUUCCUGGAAUCACCAUGAGAUAGAAGAUAUGGAGGUAACACAAUGGAACAUUGGAACAAGCUCGGGGGGAUAUGCGGAGUUCAUACUUUCCAAACAUCGUUCUGUAAAGAAAAUAAAGGAUAGAAACGGAAUCAGGGAGUACAUGGUAGAUGAUGGUGGAAUAGUAUCUCAAAUAACAGGCCUGGAGAACUCCAUUAACUAUUUCAAGAUCAGUAAGACGAAAGGCCCAAAAUACAAAAUGGCAGAGGUAUUUCUAUGCAAGAACAGCUGCAUUGGAGGGCCUGGGCAAGAAAGAAUCAAUAGUGUCGAGGUAGAUUCUGCAGAAUAUAACAUCUAUGGAAAGGAACAGCCUGAGAUCUAUUACUCGGACCCGGGGUUGGAAGAAAAAAGGACGUUUAGACCGGUAAGUGUAAAAAGAAUAGAUUUCAAGGUUGACUGGUAA